AUGACAAACCUAUCACAAUCCCCCGACGGAUUACAUGGGUACCACGACAAUAAUGUGGCAGUGCGGACAUUGAUGAUUGUCUUCACCUCCAUCGCAUUGUACAACGCCAUUGAAUUGCUCAUAUUGUUAUUUUUGACUUUUACUCAUUAUCGGGGACUCUACUUUUGGACGCUUCUGCUCUCGGUAACUCUCGGAGUCAUCCCUCACGCCGUUGGCUAUUUGCUGGUGUUCUUUUCUCUAGCGCCAUUAUGGCUCUCUUUGACUAUCUCCACUAUUGGCUUCUACGUCAUGGUCCCAGGUCAAUCGCUGGUCCUAUACUCUCGCCUUCAUUUGGUGGUCCAUAGCAACAAAGUGCUUCGGUUUGUUCUUUGGCUGAUUAUCAUCGACGCGAUCAUUCUCUUGAUACCAACCACCGUUCUUACCUUCUGUACCGCAUUCGUUGCAACUCCGUCAGUGAUUCGCGGAUACAAUGUCAUGGAGCGCAUGCAACUGGCCUGGUUCUGUGCCCAAGAGAUUGUCAUCUCGGGAAUUUACAUUGUCGAGACCGUGAAGCUGCUCAGAAUGAUGCCGGACAAGGACCAACGGCGGUCCAGAAUCAUGUAUGAGUUGCUGGCCAUCAAUUUCGUCAUCAUAUUGCUCGAUAUUUGUUUACUCCUUGUGGAAUACCUCGGGUUUUACUCGCUGCAGACCACGUUGAAGUCCAUGGUCUACAGUAUCAAGUUGAAGCUCGAGUUCGCUGUGCUCGGGAAGCUAGUCGAUCUUGUGCAGAGUUCUCGAUCGCAACCCACUUCGCUGGAGCACGAAGAAUACCCUGGCUUCGUGGAUCCUUCCCAGAUUACAUCGGACAUCACUCAUGCAGCCCCUCGGGAAUCGCGACCGGGGGUACGGAGAGGCUGGAAUACAAUAUCUGUGGAGAGCUUGCCCAUUUCCGAGCGCAGAAUUCGUCCGUCUACCCGGUCGACCGACAAUAGCCUGCAUCCAUCUUGA